AUGCAGUUCUCCAACAUCAUUGUCCUCGCCAUGGCCGCUGUGGCUUCCGCUGCUACUACCUACGAGACCGCCAACUACCUCUCUGUCUGCCAACAGGGCAACACUCUCUUCUGCACCGGCAACGUGAACGUCUGCCAACGUGGCAAGACCGACACCUUCGAUGCCAAGGCCACCAAAGCCAACGAGGACGCUUGCAAGGGUCUCGAGCGAGGUGCUAGCUGCACCCAGACGGUGGGAUGCGUUUGA